ACUCCUGGGGCGGAGCCGAUCCCUGCAUCCUCCCCGUGUGCUCUGUGCUGAAUGCUGACACUCUGGGGCGCCCUGGCGGAAUGGGCAGAGGGGAGUGUGGACGCUGAGCCCGCUGCAGGAGGAACUGCCGGGCUUUCCCUGGCUCUGGGGCUCGGUUCCCCGCGAGUGAGUGGCUUGGGGUGGCUAGGCGUUUAGUGUCCGGACAGCUUGCCUAGCCUGGCAGGCCACGGUGUUGCCCGACUCAGGUGUCAUGUUUAAUACUGGACUUGGACAGCAUAUUUUGAAAAAUCCUCUCAUUGUUAAUAGCAUCAUUGAUAAGGCUGCCUUAAGGCCAACAGAUGUAGUCCUCGAAGUUGGUCCUGGAACUGGAAACAUGACUGUGAAACUACUAGAAAAAGCUAAAAAGGUAGUUGCCUGUGAACUUGACCCACGUCUAGUAGCUGAACUUCACAAAAGAGUCCAGGGAACGCCCCAGGCAAGCAAACUUCAAGUAAUGGUUGGUGAUGUGUUAAAAACCGACUUACCAUUCUUUGAUGCAUGUGUGGCAAACUUGCCUUAUCAGAUCUCUUCUCCAUUUGUCUUCAAACUUUUGCUGCAUAGACCUUUUUUUAGAUGUGCUAUACUUAUGUUCCAGAGAGAAUUUGCUCUCCGUUUGGUUGCAAAACCAGGAGACAAGCUAUACUGCAGACUUUCCAUUAAUACCCAGUUACUAGCACGAGUGGAUCAUCUGAUGAAAGUUGGGAAAAAUAACUUCAGACCACCACCAAAAGUUGAAUCAAGUGUGGUAAGGAUAGAACCUAAGAACCCACCACCACCUAUCAAUUUCCAGGAAUGGGAUGGUCUAGUGAGGAUAACAUUUGUGAGGAAAAACAAAACUCUCUCUGCUGCAUUUAAGUCCAGUGCAGUCCAGCAGCUUUUGGAAAAAAAUUACCGAAUUCACUGUUCGGUCCAUAACAUUGCAAUACCAGAAGAUUUCAGCAUUGCAGAUAAAAUACAGAAAAUCUUAAUGGAUACAGGUUUUAGCGACAAAAGGGCCCGUUCCAUGGACAUAGAUGACUUUAUCAGAUUGCUACAUGGAUUCAAUGCAGAAGGCAUCCAUUUUUCUUAAGCAGACAAAAAAAGAAAAUUCCAGUCUCAAUAAGAAGCUUUAAUUUUACUUACUGGACUACUGAUAUAAUGAAGAUAAAUCUCUAUUUUUUUACAAGGAUAACCACCAAACACCUCACGGGUUUCACCCUCUCAUGAAGUAUUAUUUGUUUUUAAGGUCAAAAUAGUUGUGUAUUUUUAUAAGUGUUCAGAUUUUAUGUAACUUUGGGCAUAGAGUGGCCAAGUUAUUGACCCUCUGGAGCACACACAAUUUUCUCCAAAAGUUAAUAGCCGCAAUACACGCACAAACUUAACACGUGGACCAUCUCGCUUCUGUGUUCAUCUCCUAAAACUAACAUUUAGGAUAGUAAUGACUGCUGUUUCUACAGGCCUUUUCCUCUUUUGCUUAUAUAUUGGGAUAGAUGAGCGCCUUGUCAUUAUUUUUCUCAUUAUCCACAGUCUUCCACUUAUCUCACAUUCACCUCCCUCAUUCUAAUGAACUUUUCUUUUUCAUGUAUUCAUCUGUCUGACCCUUCUUACCUGCUGGAGCCAAGUUCCUUUUCCAUUGCAUUGGGUAGAGUAGUAUACUCAAUUUAUUUCUGAUACUCAGUAGCUCUAUGACUUCAGACUUCACCUCUGGGCCUCAAAUUUCUUCACUGUUCAAAUGAGGGAGUUAUAGACUAGAUGAUCUCUUAAGAUCCUUUCCAUCAGUCACCUCACAAAAAUCAUGCCACUAUAGUGUACUUUGUACACAUAGAAAUAACUGAAAGAAAAUAAAACUCCAAAUUUUU